UGUAAUUGAUUAUUAUACCAUUAUAAUAAAGAAUUUUUAUUGCGAGCGAUUAAGUUAUAAUAUUAUAAUAAAGAGGAUCCUGAAUGAAAUUCUCUCCACACAAAGUGUGAUAAAACGCUGGCAGACGAAGCCAAUGUGGGUAAAUGACCAGUCGUCAACGCUACCGGCCGCAAGGUUUCAAAGAUCCCAACUUUUAACUUGAAUGACUGGAAACAAACGUGGCUAGUGUCAGCAGCGGUGGUGUUUCGCCAAAGAUGACGACCGUUGCGGUUGCCGUGAAGGGAGGAACCGCUGGAGGAAGCGGUAGCCGACGCGCGGUUCGAUGGGCUGUGGAGAAUUUGAAAGCUGAUCGUGUCGUUUUGGUCCACGUCAUGCCAACAGUCACCUCUGUCCCAACUCCGUCUGGAGAUCGAAUACCCAUCACGGACAUGGAUGAGAAUGUGGUGGCAAUGUAUGUUCAAGAAGUGAAACUGAAGUUUGAGGACGUCUUUAUACCAUUUAAGAAGCUAUUCAAAACAAGAAAGAUGGAAACAUUGGUGCUUGAGGAUGACAAUCCUGCGACUGGCCUUCUAAGAUACAUUUCUGAGUUUGGGAUUAACACUUUGGUAUUGGGUUCUUAUGAUUGCAAUUGUAUAACAAGAUGCCUGUAUGAUAGUCCUGUUAGCUUUUUUAUGUCUAUGGAACUACAAAUGCUAAUCUUCUGCAAUGUCUACUAUAGGAAGCUGAAGGGAUCUGGGGUACCUAAUACUGUCCUGAGGUGUGCUCCUGAUACUUGUGAUAUUCAGGUUGUUUAUAGACAAAGAAUCAUCACAAAAUCAGCUAAUAUCUUAUGGACUAGCGGGACCAGCAAUAGGUCAUCAGUGGUUACUGCGACAGAUCAAAAAGAAAGUUCUAGUGGCAUUAGUAAACAUAUAUCUAGUCCUGCUAAUGCUUCUGCAGAAUCUACCCUGCACAACUUCAUUGGGAUAGAAUCUUUAUCGGAGCACAGCUUCCCAUAUUUGCGUGCAUCUUCAUCUGUGGGAUCUUCAACAAAUGCUAGUACUAUUAAGCAGUCCGAUUCCAUGGCUUCUACAAAGGUUGAACAGUUGAAUCUGCCGACUGAAGUGGAACAGCUGCGUCUAGAAUUACAAAAUACUAUUGCCAUGUAUAAACAAGCUUGUGAAGAGCUUGUCUACACCCAGAACAAGGUCCAAUUAGUUUCUUCAGAAUGCCUUGAGGAAGCAAGAAGAGUGAAUGCUGCUCUGGAAAGAGAAGAAACUUUUAGAAAAAUUGCCGCAGAAGAGAAAGCAAAACAUUUGCAAGCAAUAAAGCAGGUUGAUGAGGCAAAAAACCUGCUUUCUAAAGAAGCUUAUGAAAGGCAGGUGGCUGAAUUGAAUGCAGAGAAAGAAUCCUUGGAGAAGCAGAAAAUUGUUGAUGCACUCUUCUGUAGUGACAGAAGAUACAGAAAAUACACCAGGGAUGAAAUUGAAGUAGCAACAGAUUUCUUCUCCGAGAGUAAUGUGAUUGGUCAUGGAGGAUAUGGGAAGGUCUAUAAAUGUAGUCUUCAUCGCACUCCUGUUGCUGUUAAGAUUUUUCAACCUGAUGCUGUAGAUAGGAAAGAGGAAUUUCUGAAGGAGGUUGAAGUUCUAAGCCAGCUACACCAUCCACAUAUUGUUUUGCUGCUUGGAGCCUGUCCAGAGAAUGGUUGCUUGGUUUAUGAAUACAUGGAAAAUGGUAGCCUGGAGGAACAUAUUUUCCAGCGAAAUGGAAAACCUCCUCUUCCUUGGUUUAUUCGGUUCCGCAUAGUUUUUGAAGUAGCUUCUGGGCUUGCAUUUUUACACAGCUCAAAGCCAGAUCCUAUUGUCCAUAGAGAUUUAAAACCGGGUAAUAUAUUGUUAGAUGGAAAUUAUGUCAGCAAAAUUGGGGAUGUUGGUCUGGCUAAGCUUAUUUCAGAUAUUGUGCCUGAUAACAUCACCGAGUACAAAGACUCUAUUCUUGCUGGUACUCUCUGCUACAUGGAUCCUGAGUAUCAGAGAACCGGCACCAUCAGACCAAAAUCAGAUCUAUAUGCUCUUGGAAUUACAACACUCCAGCUACUGACAGCUCGCCAUCCCAAUGGACUCAUACUCGCUGUUGAAAAUGCCAUUACAAAGAGCUCCUUUGCUGACAUUCUAGACAAGUCAGUUACAGAUUGGCCACUAGCUGAAACGGAAGAAUUAGCUCGAAUAGCACUGAAGUGUUCAAAGCUUAGAUGCAGGGACAGACCAGAUCUUGACACAGUGGUUCUGCCAAUUCUCAAAAGACUUGUGGAGGUUGCAGAUGAUAGUUUAAAUUUGGAAAAGAACAAUGUAUAUGCUCGAAGCCAUUACUUCUGUCCAAUCCUUCAGGAAGUGAUGGAUGACCCUCACAUUGCUGCAGAUGGUUUUACGUAUGAGCACAGAGCAAUUAAGGCAUGGCUUGAGAAACACAAUGUAUCACCAGUUACAAAGCGUAGGCUUCAGCAUUCCAUAUUGACUCCAAAUCACACAUUACGCUCUGCCAUACAGGACUGGAAGUCACGGGUGACAUUGUCUAGUAAAUUAUAUUAAGCAGUCUAUGUCAUGGUUCCUUUCUUGGAAAUUACAAGAUCUUUCCCCCGCAACCAAAGCACUUAAACAAUAGAUUUUUACAUGGUGUGGGUACGCAAUGCAAAGGAUUAUUUAAAUGUUAUUUUGCAUGUUACAAUGUGUAUGUACGAAAGACCACAAUUUCUUGCAUGAAAACCCUUUCGACCUUUUCUCUUUUUUUUUUUUAACACAAGAUGGGCAUAUCCCGUUAGGCAGGGCCGUAGCUAGGGGGCCAUACCCCCACCAAAUUUUUUUUAUACCAUUGUUCAGAAUAUUGCAUUUCACCAAAAAUAAUAUUAAA